AUGGUUCAGAUUGAGCCUGACGUCUGCAGGCACACAGCUGGUUUAAAUGUCUCCUUGAAACAGCAGCUAGUUCUCAAGAUGUCUGACUCUGUCCUGAACAACUCCUGGCCUUCUUUCUCUAAGUUGUGGAUGAAGAGAUGGUCAUUCAAAAGAGCAUCAGAAUGUAAGCCGUGCUCCGGAUUUGCUGCUAUACCAGACUCACGAAGUGCGACUCCAGAUGCUGAGCAAGGGUCUCCUUCCAUGAACACAGGGGGAAUGUUUUUCCUGGAAGAAGAGAAGGAUGACCAGUCAGUCGAUUUGGAGAACUGCUACAGUGAUACAGUGAGUAGCAAUGAAGAUUUACAUUCUCUGGACUCUUCACUUCUUGGGACUGAAUAUUACAAGGAUCUAAUAAUGACGGACAAUAAAAAUACUGAGGAAACUCCCAAACCUGCAGCUGCAUUUUGUGUUGCUAGUGGAUCUAAUAUAAGCUUUGACAAUGGAGAAGUUGUAAUCACUUACACCAAGCCUUUCCUCUGUCCCUUGAAUCUGGAAACCAGAACUACCUCAGAGACUCAAACCAAUAUGGAGGAGCAAUCUCAGGAAGACUUGGCAAGGGAACAGGGAGCCAUCCCUAUUUUAGUAAGGUCGCUUUCAACAUCUAGGCGGCAUAGCUGGGAUGAUGCAGUCUCGCCAACAGAUAGCAUUCGCAGAUUAAGCCUUGAUACAUCUGAAAUGGAAAGUGAUCAAGAGAGGGAACUGGAAGAAACCUCCAGUGUCACUGCUCCUCAGAACAUGCCAUUAUCCCGCUCAUGGGCCACAAAAGCUAAUUUGAGAAUAGAAACGGACACUGGGAAUCUUACAAGUACUGAUACAGAAGACAAGGAUGAAGACUCUGGUAAGAGACUGCGUUCAAAGUCUAUGCCUUCCACACUUGACAUGAUCUCAACCCCAAGGAUCUCACGCAGUCUGGAAUCAUCAUGUCCUGUCAUUGAAGUAAUCCAGCCAGCUCCCAUGGAAGUCAUCGAGAAGGACCACGUGGAACCAACACAUGUACUAUAUGUGCAACAAGUACUCCAAGAAUUGAAACAGUAUCAUGGAACCAAAAGUAAGCAAGGAGGAGGCAGUGAGCGAAAGCAGAAUUUGACCUGGUUCGAGUUCCUGUCAAACGAGACAGUGGAUACAGAGAAACAAACUGAGAAAGUUGAAAGAGGGACAAAAGUGAAAAGAAGGCUUAGCUCCCUGAAGAACAGGGUUACUGGAUCCUGGCAAAAGGAUAAGGGUAAGAUGAAAGAACAGCUGAAAGAGAAAGGCAGAGAUUCAAAGGACAAAUGGAUGAAUGCCAGUGGGCAUGAGCUGGUGCCAGGCUGCUUCUCAAGUCACGCCAAAUGCACUUUAUGCACCAGGUCACUUGUAAAUGGGCGUGGACUACAGUGCAUGCAUUGUGCGGUAAAUGUUCAUAAAAACUGCAAGACAUUACUUCCUGAAUGCACCAGCAGCAGAUCAAAGAAGGACAGUUCCUACAAGCCAGUAGCUUCUCCGCAGUUAUCAGCUGUGUCAUACCAGCAAGCUUCUCUCAAGGAUCAUCCUCGCAUUGCUAUUGUGGGGCUUGAUGGGACACACGCGCAGGCUCGGGGGCUCGGAAUGACUGUCACUAAUAGAGGAAAUUCAAGAGUGGAAAUACAAGCGACAUCAGGAAGCCGAGCCAGUUCAACAGCAGCAGAAAUGGAUGAAUUGGACUCAAAUUUUACAAAGUUAAAGAUCUUCACAGAUGACAAUGUAUCACUAGCCCCUUCUACCACAGAGUCUGUAUUUGUGGAAGAUGCUUUUUAUUCCUCUGUGAGAGCUGAACUAGAAGGUGAUGCAGUUGAAUUUGAGUUUGAGUCUUGGAGUAGUGCUGUAGAGCCACCAUAUGCCAAAAAGCAGAAGAAAGAGGUCAUUAAGCGUCAGGACGUCAUCUACGAGCUUAUGCAGACAGAAAUGCACCAUGUAAGAACCCUGAAAAUCAUGUUGAAAGUGUACUGUCGAGCUUUGAGAGAAGAGCUGCAUGGGAAUAAAGAAGUGCACCAGCUCUUCCCAUGUGUUGAUGAACUUCUGGAACUACAUGAGCAGUUUCUAGCACGAUUUAAGGAGAGACGUAAAGAGUCCUUAGAAGAAGGUAGUGAUCGAAAUUACAUCAUCCAGAAGGUUGGAGAUAUCCUUGUACAACAGUUUUCAGGUGACACUGGUGAGCGAAUGAAGGAUACGUAUGGAAUGUUCUGCAGCCAACACAAUAAAGCAGGCAGUUACUACAAGUUUCUUAUGCGGGAGAACAAGAAAUUUCAGAACCUAAUGAAAAAAAUUGGUAACUCUACUAUCGUGAGACGGCUGGGGGUGUUGGAGUGUAUCCUAUUGGUUACUCAGAGGAUUACAAAGUAUCCAGUUUUGGUGGAAAGAAUUAUUCAGAACACUGAAGAGGGAACUGAAGAUUUUGAGGCUUUGUCACGGGCUCUCACACUAAUAAAGGAAAGCAUUACAGAGGUAGAUUCUCGUGUUCACAUGAGUGAAAAGGGACAGCGUCUGGAUGAUAUCGUAGGCAAGAUGGAGCCAAAGUCUUAUGGCAAACUGAAGAAUGGUAUGACUUUUAGGAAGCAUGAUAUGCAGCGCAGACGGCUUAUUCACGAUGGCAUGCUCUACUGGAAAACUGCUUCAGGACGGUUGAAAGAUAUCUUGGCAGUUUUAUUAACAGAUGUCUUACUUUUACUUCAAGAAAAGGAUCAAAAAUACAUAUUUUCUUCUGUGGAUGCUAAGCCAUCUGUUAUCUCUCUGCAAAAGCUGAUUGUCCGAGAGGUGGCAAAUGAAGAGAAAGCCAUGUUUCUCAUAAGUGCUUCAUUAAAUGGCCCAGAAAUGUAUGAAAUUCACACUAGCUCUAAGGAAGAGAGGAACUCCUGGAUGACGUUAAUUCGAGAGGCCGUGGAGAGAUGCCCAGAUGAAGGGACAGAGUUGCUUAAUGAAGCAGAAGAAGAGCGAAAACAGGCAACUGAACGUGCUGCUAGGCUAAAGGAUCUGCAAGAACGCCUAAACCUGAAGGAUGCGGUGAUCACACAAAUACUUUGUGAAAAACUACAAAUUUGUAUGGAUGUGGCUGAGCUGUAUGGUUUUGAUGAAUCAUCACAAGCAUCCAGGGUACGAGUUCUUGUUGGAUCUGAUAACGGAGAGAAUUCUAAAGGAGAACACCUGCUCCUGUCUACCAUAGCUGAAGCGGAAAAGAUUGAAACUUUGUUGCUAUCCCAUUUCUCCACCCUGUGUGAUGAUCCCAGCUCUGGUUUGACCGCCCUUCCUAGAAGAUCAGAGACCUUUGGGGGCUAUGACAGCAACUGUGGACAUACCAACAAAACUGGAAGUUUUAAACAUAGAGUCAAGGACCGACGCACCACAUCUACCAGUUCAGAAACUCAAGUCCAAGACCUUGCGCAUAGUGAGCCUGAAGUGUCCAUGUCAGAAAAUAACUCUCCAGAGUCUGAGAUCAUUGCAAAGGUGCAGUCGUUGAUAAAAAUGCUGUAUAGUCUCCAGGCCUUUAUAGCACAGCAGGACAGCUACAUAGAAGUGCAGAGAGAACGUGAAAAGCAAUCCCGACAGCAGUCAUCCAGGGGGAAUUGUUUGCUUGAACAGGAGAAGCAACGGAACUUUGAAAAACAGAGGGAAGAGUUUGCCAAUGUGCAAAAGCUUCAAGAGCAGCUUAAACAGGAAAGACACCGGUGGGAGCGGGAAAGAAGCAGACAGCAAAAGGACAUGGAAGCUACUGAGAUGAUGCUGCGGCAAAGAGAGGAGGCUUCACGAGUUGCAAAAGAGAUGAUAAAACAGGAGCGAAUAGAGCUAGAAUCACAGAGAGAGGCCUAUCAACAUGAUUUGGAAAGGCUACGGGAAGCACAAAAAGCAGUGGAGAAGGACAGAGAGCGAUUGGAGCAGCUGAAGAAGAUAAAGAAGCCAAUCACUGCCGGAACAUUUAAUCCAGACCUAGUGCAGGUUACACUGGGUUUAACACAUUCUGCAAGUUUUAAUGGAGAUGGCAUGCAGAAUGUAGAAGGAGCUGGUCAGCUGGUUAUGAAACCUGCAGCCAAAACCAGUGCAUCUGUGUCCACUGCAGACUACCUGGAGAGGCCUGAAGUCACACGCAGGGACAGUAAUUCUAUGGACACAAGACCAGCAUUGAAAAAUGACGUGCCUAUUCAUUUAUUAAGUGCCACUAACCAGAUCCAGAAGCCCACAUUACUAACAAAGCAGCAAAUACCUACAAAGCUUGCCACACAGACGAAAAGUGGGAGGGACAAGUCUAGUAGAGGAAAAGCUUCUCAUCGGACCGAGAGUUCAGCAUCCAUAGGUCACAGGCCACUUUUUCCGUCCAAGCUUUCUGAGAAAGAUGACAGUACUAUAAAGAGCCGAAGAGCAGCCAGUCCAAGCCUAGUUAGCAGUCAAGUAGCAUUUUUUCAGCAAGACCCUUUAGGACAAGAUGCUACCAGUGAGAUACCAACAUAUCCCACAAGCCUUUACAGACAAAGCAGUGGCCACCUGCUAUCCCCUUCCAUACCUCCUCCAGCACCACCUGCUGAUGAAGACACAAACAAGGAAGAUGUUAUAUUUUUCUAGGCUCCUUAGGAAAACCUGAAUGUUUUUCUGUUGUACAUUUGGCGCAACAUUUGGAUUUUUGCCUGUACCACUAAGGCCUUCAUUGGGUGUGUUGAAAUAGACUUGAAAACUUCAAGCAAUUUUACAGUGGGGGAAGUUUGUGACAGUCCAAAGAGUAAUGGAAAUGCAUUCACUAGUUGAAUUGCACAAUGCAAUAUUACUUUAUAUUCAUUUUUCAGACUUAUGACCAGAUCUUAAUGAUUCUGAAUGGUGAAUGUUUUUGUCAGAGCGUAUUGAUGAAGUUAGUGUCCGCAUCUAUGUGUUCUAGUGGAGCAUCACCUGCUGGACAGGAUCGCUGAAUAUUUAGCUAAGAAUUGAUGCCCUGUUUUUAUGUUCUCUUUUAAAUCUGUUUUGACGGCCGCAUCAGGCAUAACCAACAACCCGUCCACGGUUAGGAAAACAUACUUGUCCAUUAAAUGAAGAAUCUUGUUUUCCCCAUAUUGUUUAUUGUGUGCCUCUAAAGGAGAUGAUUUUCUAGAAUAGUUCUUGUGUUACCAGAAUUCAUCGCUUCUUAUGUGUAUUAUAAGACAGUGACAGUGUUCAUUAGGAAGAUAUUUUCUACUGGACUAGCUAUAGACAAUGACCGUGAUAUAUGUGAUGAAAGCACCAUGAUAUCAAUGGGGGAAAUUCACCUGGUCUGAGGAAAAGUUGUCCAAAUCAACCAUUCACAUUGCUUCUUAUAUUUUUCAAAGGCCUUUUAAAAAAUGAAGAAAGCUAUCUGAUUGGUUGCUAUGGGCAACUGGCAAACUUUUCCUCUGUACAGGUUUUGAUUCUAUUUUUACACCUUUGUUGUUCCAUCAUUUGUUGGGCCGCCACCGCCGUUUUCUCCAGAAUGCAAACACAGUACUAUAAUCUGUCAUUUGAACACAUUGAGUAAAUAGUGCCAUUUUUUUUAUAAUCAGUGUUGUUUAAAUAUUUAGAGUUUUUAUCCUGACUGGUCUACAAGCACUUUUGAGAAUUACAUAGCACAGAUUAUAUCGAUUUAGAAAUCAGUAGGCCAUUCUAUUUUUUUUAUGAGGUAAAGAAUUCCUUAGGUGGUUAUGUGAACAUUUAGGAUUGGUGCAUUUUUUUACAUAUUCUUUUUUUAAUCCUUUUUAUUAGUCUCCCUUCACCAGUUUCAUUCUUUAAAGGGAAAAUAUCAUUAACAUUUACCAACUUAAAUAGAUAAAAUAUUUACAAUCAGGCAGCCUUACAUUUUAAUGUUGUUGUCUUUGUACAUAUGAUUUAAAAUGUUAUUACAUUAGUACAUGUUACAGCGCUUGUGUGGUCAGCACAAAAGAUCAAUGUCCUUAAAGGGGCACUCUGGUGGAAAACACUUUAUUUCAAAUCAACUGCUGCCAGAAAGUUAAACAGCUUUGUAACACAUCUUUUGUAAGACAUCUUUCCCUAUCACUAUCUGCCUAAAAGAUUGGUUCUCCAUAAUGCAUCUUGUCUCAAACCCAUAAAUACAUGGACAGUAGUACACUACAUAGGCCCUACUGUUUUCUGUUCAUUUAAUGCACUUUUAGCAUAAUAUUUAGUUUAAAAAAUACAAUGCAACUUGCUCCAUUCAUUGAUUUUUACUUAAAAAUUCCUUUGUUAACCAUAAAGCUUAUAGAAUGCAUGCUCAGAUUAAUAUGCCCAGCACAGUUCUCCCACAAUUUGUUUUAAGGAUUUAAGAAAGGAAAAAAAAAAAUUCCAAUGAGAAUAGUGUCUGCCAGCUCUUCAAAAAUUGGGUGUUUUUUACUUAUUUUUUUGUUGAAACCGCGCCCAUUCUUGUCCAUUGACUUUGUCUUUUGUUGCAACUCAGCCCCACUAAAAUGAAUGUAAUAAAAGUUAUUAAGUAUAGCAUGAUUAAAUGAUUUGAGGAUAUUUUGAUACUUUAAAUGUUCUGGAUAUAAAGUUUUGAUAAAUAUUUAUCCAUUGUCCAUUGUUUGGUCAUAAGUGAAAGGUUACUUUAGAACAUGAUUUUGACUUUGAAUUUAGCAUAGGAAACAUGUUGGAACUUCUAGACUUAGAUAAUACUACAUUCUAAAAACAAUCUUAUCAGUUAUUGCAGUAAAGUAUACAUCCGAUGAUGGUUGGGUGGCAAAAUAUGUCUUUAACUUUCGUGUCCACUUUCAAGCCUGAGAUUUGUGCAGAGCUUCAUUGAUUAGAAUAGAAUUGCAUGGGACAUCUGGCAAAUCCGUAUUCUGAGCAUUGAAGCCUCACACAAGACACGGCAUGGAAGUUGCUGCAAAAUGUAAAGACAUAUUUUGCCACCCAGUCAUCAUCAGAUGUAUACUUUAACUACUGCAAUAACUGAUAAGAUUAUUUUUAGAAUGUAGUAUUAUCAACGUGUACAUCCGAUGAUGGCUGGGUGGCAAAAUAUGUCUUACAUUUUUGCAACAACUUUCAUUCCUGUGACUUGAGCAAAGUUUUAAUGCUCACAGUACGGAUUUGCCAAAAUCCCACGCAAGUCUAUAGAACUUGAAACCCCGCUCAAGUCUCAGGCUCGGAAAUUGCCACGAAAUUUUAAGACACAACCUUCACCCCGGUGCUAUCAUCACCUGCAUGCUUUAAGAGGUGCCUGUCAUCAAACCAUAUUUUCUAAACUAACUCAGAUUAUAUUCCCUAACUACUCCUGACACCCCUCCGGCCCGUAACAAAAUUUUCCGAGCUUUAACCCCUUAAGGACACGUGCCAUAAAUGUACGGCGCUGCAUAGCGUCACUUCGUGCACCGUCCAAAAGUUCAGUUUUUUUGUCACCAUAAACUGUCACAUAUGCGCAAACAUGAUAUUAAAACAAACUACAGAUCAUGGCGCAAAAAAUGAGCCCUCACUAGAGAUGAGCGAACUUACAGUAAAUUCGAUUCGUCACGAACUUCUCGGCUCGGCAGUUGAUGACUUUUCC